AUGCCCCUAGGCCCCAAGGCUGAAACAGAUUGCAGCCGUUCUGUAGUAGAACGUAACAAGCUGAAGCAAGGAGCAAAGGGUUUGUCAAUGGCUUCAUAUGAUGCAACUGAAGUGGAGAGCGCCAGCCAACCAGUGCCCCAUCGAUUUGAAGUUCUCCUUUGGAGGGAUCGCCAACCAAAGUUGAUGGUUAGUUAA